AUGUCUGGGAACGAGAAGGACGGCACUCAUGGGCUUAACUCGCCUGCCGCCAGCGCCCGCGACAGCAGCAAUGAUGGCAAUGAGAGUCCAUCGGACGUCGCGUGUCCGUCGCAUACAACUGACAGGAAGCUGCUCUGGAAGAUUGACAGUCAUGUCGUGCCUUUUCUUUGCAUCAUGUAUCUCUGGGCUUUUCUUGAUCGUGUCAACAUUGCCAAUGCCAACGUCUUUGGCAUGGCUGAGGAGCUAGGCCUCGCCAACCACGAGUACAACACGGCUCUAGUUAUCUUCUUCGUCCCCUAUGUCUUGUUUGAGAUUCCCUCCAACAUUCUUCUGAAAAAGUUCCGCCCUUCUGUCUGGCUCUCCAUCAACAUGUUCAUGUUUGGCCUCGUCACUCUAUUGCAGGGUCUGGUCCAGAACUACAGCGGGCUGCUUGCCACGCGCUUUUUUCUUGGUGUCUUCGAGACGGGCAUGUUUCCUGGAGCCUUCUACCUUAUUGGCAUGUGGUAUAGGCGACAUGAGGCCCAGCGCCGCUACUCCUUCUUCUUUAACAGCACGACCCUGGCUGGCGCCUUUGGUGGUCUUCUGGCCGCCGCGAUCGGGAAAAUGGACGGCAUGCGAGGCUACUCGGGCUGGCGGUGGAUCUUCAUCCUCGAGGGUGCCGUGACGCUGGUGAUUGGCAUCAUCUUUUGGUUCCUGCUGCCCGACUUCCCGGAAGAGAGCAAGUGGCUCAAGGCAGACGAAAAGGCCUAUGUGUCGGCCCGGCUACGCGUGGACCAGGGAAACUCUGCCCGGGAAAGGCGCAUCACCCUGCGCGACGUGGGCCGCGUCUUCAAGGACUACAAGGUGAUUGUGGGUGGCAUCAUGUACAUGGGACUUAUCGUCCCUGCCUACAGCUACGCCUACUUUGCCCCCGGCAUCAUCAAGGGCUACGGCUACGGGGCCAUCGAGACGCAGCUGUACAGUGUGCCUCCCUGGGCCGCGUCAUUCGCCUUUUCCAUGAUUGUCGCAUUUGCUUCGGACAAGACGCGCCACCGCUUCGGCUUCGCCAUCUUCGGUCUACUUGUGACCGUUGUCGGCUUCGCCAUCCUCCUCGGCAUUCACGACAAAACCAAGGUGCAGUACACGGCACUGUUCCUCGUGGCCAUGGGUGCUUACACGGCCAUGCCCAUUGUCGUAUGCUGGUUCAACAUGAACCUGGGAGGCCACCAUCGUCGGUCUGUCGGGUCCGCAUGGCAGGUCGGAUUCGGAAACAUUGGCGGUUUUAUUUCAGUAUUUGCCUUCCUCCCAGACGAUGCGCCCAAGUACACGUCCGGAUACAGCAUCUGUAUCUCCUUCACCCUUCUCAGCGUCGUCGCCAGUUGCGUGUACGCGGCCGCAUGUUAUCUGCAGAAUAAGUCUCGAGCUGCCGAGACGGCAAAUGAGCGGGGGUUGACGGAAGAGGAAAAGACGGAGAUGGGAGACAUGUCUCCUGAUUACAGGUAUCUGCUGUAG